CCCCCUUCCCGCGCCUAUUGUUCUGGCACUUUGGCGUGAAAAUUCAAUCCCACACCGGCGGUGUAAUAUAUACCUUUUCCAGGGCCUUCCACUUGUAUAAAUAAUACUUUUAGAUGGAUUCCUCCCACAUUCUUCAACUUCCCUCCCUCAUCUAUUCCACCUGUUUAAGCUAGUUAUCUGUCUAGAACUCUAGGCUCCAAAAGCCCAAACUGUUUCUCCGCAAGUCCCUCUUUCUUCUUCUCCAAAAUUUUCACAAUUUGCUGUAGAUUUCUGUUUCUCAGAACAUUGAAAAAAUCUUAAAGUGGGUAUCAUUUAUUUUCCUUACUAGUGCAGGAAAUGGACUUCCUAGGAUUUUUUCUGGUAGCCCUUUUCGCUGUGUUAAGAUGUGUUCAUGGUUACAAAGAAGGGUGGUCCACUGCCCAUGCUACGUUUUAUGGAGGUGGUGAUGCUUCUGGUACAAUGGGAGGAGCUUGUGGGUAUGGAAAUCUUUACAGUCAAGGUUACGGGACAAACACGGCAGCACUAAGUACUGCUCUGUUCAACAAUGGCUUAAGCUGUGGAGCUUGUUACGAGAUCAAGUGUGGUGGAAGUGGCAGCAAAUGGUGCUUACCAGGAUCCAUCACAGUCACUGCAACAAACUUCUGUCCACCGAACAAUGCUCUCCCAAAUAAUAAUGGAGGAUGGUGUAACCCUCCUCUAAAGCACUUUGAUCUUUCUCAGCCUAUUUUCCAACGCAUAGCUCUGUACAAAGCAGGGAUAGUCCCAGUUCAAUAUAGAAGGGUUGCUUGCAAGAAGACAGGUGGGAUCAGAUUCACCAUGAAUGGACACUCUUACUUCAACCUUGUGCUAGUGACAAACGUUGGUGGAGCUGGUGAUGUUCUGGCCAUCUCUAUCAAAGGCUCUAGAACUGGUUGGCAACCCAUGUCACGGAACUGGGGACAAAACUGGCAGAGCAACUCCUACCUUAAUGGUCAAGCUCUCUCAUUCAAGAUCACAACAAGUGAUGGACGAUCUGUGGUCUCCAGCAACGUUGCUCCUUCCAACUGGGCCUUUGGCCAGACCUAUAGUGGAGGACAGUUCUAAGUUCUAACUCACCCCCACACACACACUCUCUUCCCCAAAACUAACCAAAAUCAUCUUGGCAUAGAUUAACUCAUUAGGCAGAGGAGUCCAGAGUUUUUUUCGCUUCAAUGGUGGUGUGGUCUGGGAUUUAAUAGUAUUGUAAUUUAGUACAGAUGAUAUUAGGGUAGUGGGUCUUUUUUUGAAGUGGCCCUAGAUGUUUUUUCUUUUUUUCCUUUUCCUUUUCUUGUCUUCUAAUUCUUGUUGGGCUUCAGAUGCGUCCCAUGAAUUUGGUGGGUGUGAACUGUGAAGAGAAGGUUCUCUCUAGUGACGCUAUGUAUAGAGAGGCCUCCUUCUAAGAAACUAAGAGUAUAUGUUAGGGAAAGUGUGUUGGUGUCUUGGCAUUGUGGUAAGCUAGAUAUGGCUGAGGUGAACAGGGUUAUCACCCGCCCAAUGCUUUUGAUUGUAUCUUUAAUGUGGUGUUAAUGCUAAACCAACUCUUCAUUUUAUGACAAAAAGAAGAGAUGGAGAUGGAGAGAUUUCAAAGUGUAAGUGAGAUUUUAUUAUCCAACAAACUCUCACAGUGACUUGUAAGUUGCUUCUAAUUUUUAAUUUGCGAGGUUUUGAGUGAGUGUGAUGAGUGCAAAUGACUGUAAUCCUUGAGUCAGCUAUUGGUUGAAGACUUGAAGUGGUUGUGUCA